ACUCCGAAUCACUCUGAGGGCGCGAGGGGCGUGGGCUUGACGAAACUCCGCCUCUGGGCGUGGCCUGGCGGCGGGGCGCGGCGGGCUCCCUCGGGGUCCGGGCUGGCGGCCACUCGGCGGCCACGGCGCGAUGGAGUCGCCGGUCGAGCUGCUGGCCGCGCUACCCGCCUUGGUCACGGCGCUAGCGCUGCUGCUCGCCUGGCUGCUGCUGCGGCGUGGGGCGGCCCGGGUCCCGGCCCCGGAGAGCACCGCCCCGGCCGAGGCCCCCGGGGAUCCUGCGCCGCCUGAACCUCCAGAGUCUUGCGCCCCGGAGCCCGCACCGGAGGGACCGAGCCAGUCCGAGCGCGUGGCGGAGCCGGAGGAGUCCGAGGCGGAGGAGCCAGCGGCCGAGGGGAGGCAGGAUGAAGACUCAGACAGUGAGAUGGGACCACCCACUGAAGAACCUGAGGAAGAAGAUGGAGCAGCCUUCUCCUUUAAGUACAGCCCUGGGCAGCUGAGGGGAAGCCAGUACAAGAAGAUGAUGACCAAAGAAGAACUGGAGGAGGAACAGAGAGUUCAGAAAGAACAGCUGGCUGCCAUCUUCAAGCUCAUGAAGGACAACAAGGACACCUUUGGCGAGAUGUCAGACGGGGACAUGCAGGAGCAACUCCGACUCUAUGACAUGUAGGCCUGUCACCCGGCAAGAUGUGACCCAGGACGCCCUGACAACUCUGAGGGACUCGGCCCAGGCCGUUGUGACUCCCAGACCUUUGUUUGAAAGACUGUCUUAUAAAAACAGAGAGACCUGUGCUAUGUAAGGAUCUGCAAUUUAUAUAUCACGUCAGAGGAACCUACAUCAUUUCUCCAGGGAGGAAACCCCUGAUGGCCCUGGCUUCAGCUUGCUGGUGUGGGUUCAGCUGGGCCGUGUUCUACAGACUCAGAGCGGGGGGCCGGGGGAGAUGAUGAGACUCGGUGUUUGGCACCUAAGUUUUUAGUGUAGACAAAAUACAGGGUGCUAUGGGGGGAGGAUAUAGGUGUGAUCUAGUAACACCACACUCUUCAUUCUGCCCUAGGGUUAUUUCUGGAAGCAUCUGGGGUGGUAGUUGAAGCAAGCAGUAGAGGAGCAAUAUUUUAGUAAAAGUCUGAUUGAAAGGCCCAGCCAUCACCCUGGGGCAGAACCGUGGGGUCACUGCUGAAGCUUGUCCUCAGUAUAGUCACGCCUUGAGCGUGUCUGGCACACAGAAGAUUAUGCCAGACACAUAGCAGGAGCCCUGGGUAGAGCAUGUGUGUCCUAAGAUCAAGGCCCCUGAGUUCCACCCCCAGCACCAGACACCUUCCUCCCCACACCCUACCCCAGCUCAAAAAAGACACCAUGAUCAGUCCCCUUGGUGAGACCAACGGCCUUUAGAGAAUGAGAAAUUACCAGAAAGCAUCCCGGUGUCAUCUAGAAUAAGUGCCAAGGUAGACCACUCAGCAAUGAUGGGGGUGGGGGUCACAGCAGCUCCUUUAUACCCACUUCUUGUCCUACUUCUUAUCACCCCACUGGCCAGAGGGUUCAUAGGCUGAGCAGACCGAGUCAAGGUUAUCCUAAGGAAAGAAGAAGGAAAGUUUUUUGUUUUUCUUUCUCCAGACCGGGUUUCUCUGUGUAGCCCCGGCUGUCCUGAAGCUCACUCUGUAGACCAGGCUGGUCUGGAACUCAGAGAUCCACCUGCCUCUGCCUCUGAGUGCUGUGAUUAAAGCCUUGUGCUACCACUGCCUGGCCAGUGGGAAAGCUCUUAAGGUCCGUUUUUAUUUGCUAAAAUAAAGCUAAAUUGAUAUAGAGAUUUAGCUCGAAGUAUAGAGACCGGAGUUAACUAUCCGCGUGUGUAUGUGCGUGCGUGCGUGCGUGCGUGCGUGUGUGUGUGUUGCAUGUGAGUGCAGGUGCCUGGAGAGGGCUCUGCAGUAGAGGGUGCUUGCUGCUCUUCCACAGGACCUCAGUGCGGUUCCCACGGCCACGGCAGGCAGCUCACAGCUUCCUGUGACUCCAGGUCCAGAGCACGGGCGCCUCCUCCUCUUCUUGCCUCCCCGGGUCUCAUGCUUAUGUUCGCACUCGCACGUGCACACAGAUGAUGAAAUAAAUGUAUCUGCAGA